AUGAAAAGAAAGAUAGAUUUGGUUGAAGAAGAAGAAGAACAAGAGAGUGAACAUGAAGAAAGCGAAAGUUCUGGUGAUGAAAGCGAGGAUGAAGAACCAAGAAUAAAAGAAGAACCGAGAAUAAAAGAUGUUUUGAGUCAUCUUUCCCGAGCAGUGCCGGAAAAGCGUGCUUCUGAUUUGCUGCGUAGUAUGGCUGCGUCCAAAGAUAUUCUUUUCUGGACCCCCAGCAGACAAUUACUUCGAAAUAGACGCACUAUUCCCGUCACAAACAUCGCUGAGCUAGUUGAGUAUGUGUUACUCCCUUAUAACAAUGAGGUUACCAAACCUCGUGCGCUGAAUACGUUUCUAGAUGGACUUGCAGAGUUAGGAAUCGAUAAAGGUUUAAUCAAGAACAAAACGUUGUUAAGUGAUUUAAUAGAAAAGGAAAAAGGCUACCAAAAUGUAGAAAAUUCUUCUGAUAACGAGAGUAAUAAUGAGGAGAGUUCAUCGGAUAUUGAAAAUCAGGAGGAAGAGGAGGAAGUGGCUUCUGAGAAUGGCGCUGAA